GUACUGGGAGUUUAAGCUUAAGGUGGACUUGACUGAUAUCUGGAGCCACCAGACCUACAAGUCUAGUAUGCUUCCGCAGAUCGUCCCCACGGUGGCGCUCGUCCACCCAAGGAAUGCCUACAAGGUUUACUUCUUCCUGGGCCAGCACAUCUUCUGUGUCAACCUGAAGAAAAAGAAACUGAUGCAGUGUCUGGAGUUGGACAAUCAGGAGCUGCCGUCACUCUCCUCCCUCGUGGUCCAUUCCUGGAAUUUGCCGGCAGGGACCACAAAAAUCCAUUCGUCUGGGCCUGAUGAGUCUCACGUCCCUGGGGUUCAUUUCCUGGUUCACUAUAACUCGGUGGAUGGUUUUCUUGAGAAAGCAGUAGCUGUCAUGAGCAGGUCGCGUCCUGAAUUGUUUGGCAUGGGUCUGGAUGAACUUGAAGAAGACGAAGAUCACUCUCUGACCAUGGAGGAAUCUGAUGACGGAGAUGACUCUGAGAUGGAGCAACUUGAAGAGGGCGGAAAUGACUGCGAGAUGACUGAGGAAUCUGAAGAGGACUGAGAUGAUGGAGGUGAUUUAGAUCCAAGUGUGGCAGCUGUUGUUACGCAGGGCUGCUUUGCGUGCCAGCCAGUGACCACCAUCCAUCACUUACCGACUUGUCACUUCCACUUCUGUUUGCUCUUAUACUCCUAGACCAGUGGUUUGGCGUUCUGGAAGCAGCAUUGUUAUGCUAUAUACUCCUAUAUAUAUAUUAUACGAUGUUGUGACA